GUAGAAUGUCAAAAUGACAGUUCAUUGCAUACGUCAAAAUAUUCCGAAAAUGCGAAAUUCCGUUGAAAAAUAUUUAUUGUUAGAUAUUUGUAAAUAUUUUUUUGUUGCUGACCCAAAUUGUGAUGGCAGUUCCAAGCGUCAAGGGGCCAAUUGUAGACCCGGGUUUGUGCCGGUGCUGUGGAUCUAUUAAAAAAUGUCGCGUCUUGAAUGAGGAGUAUGAAUUUUGUGGAGAAAAAGAAAUUUAUUCGGAUAUGUUCUUCGACUGCUUUGGGCUUUUGUUAUCACACCUUGACAGAGCGCAAGCUGAGAGGCUCAUAUGUGCCACGUGUGUUACAAGGCUUCGUGACGCGACCGCAUUCCGGAAGCAAGUGCUGAUCUGUGAGCAGACCCUACUCCAGGUUGCAUACGAAGCAGAAAAUGAAAGGUUCGACAUUAAAAGCGAAACGAAUAUAAAACAGGAAGCGGAAGACAAUAAUGCGACACGGCUUGAAGAUGUCCAAAAUGACACCAACCAUUACAUUGAUGACGCAGAUUCAGGUAGCCUGUCAAGCGAGCCACUAAUAAACUUGCGCAAGAAAACGCGCAAAAAGAAAAAGGAAAAGUUGAAAACAAGAAAGAAACAUAAUAGGGAAUCUCUGGAUGGUGAUUGUGAUGGUACCAAGGAAAAAAAAUUAAGACAUUUAAUAGAUAAGAAAUAUUACGUUUUUCCGGAAAUUGGUAAAAAAGUAGCAUCAAAAUCGAGAACCGGUUCAGAAACGAAAUCGUAUUUAAACACGAUAACGAUUGUCGAAAAUUCAUUCGUUUGCCCAUUCGAUACUUCGUUCAGCGAUUACUUCUGUAUAUACUGUAGGAACGUUUACACCGAUCCCGACAAACUCCGGGAGCACACGCUGACCCACGACCCGACCUCAUUCAAGACUCUGGCCAUAAACAAGAAGCUGAUAUUACUGGACGUGUACAGAGUAGACUGUAGAUUAUGCCAAAAGACCAUAGACAACGUGGAAUCGUUGAAAACUCAUUUAGUCGAUGCCCACUCGAUGUGCUUUGACGAUACGAAAUGCGAUUUCGUACAGUUCCGUUUGACAGUGACGAAUUUGCGGUGCACUGAAUGUGACGCGUCCUUUAGCUUCUUCCACGCCCUGAAGAAGCACAUGGCCGAGCAUUUCGGCAAUUGCAUAUGCGACGUGUGCGGAGCGCAUUACUUCGAGGAACGUAUGUUAGUGCUACACCAGAAAUCGCAUCGGCGUAUCGACGAGAGCUUCCCCUGUCACUGCGGGAAGGUAUUCAAAUCGAAACACAGCCGGUAUUUGCACGAGACGAAGAUACACAAGAAGGAGCCGGUCUUCCAGUGCAGCAAGUGCGAUCAAGUGUUCUUCUCCUAUUCGAUUCGGUACAGGCACAUGAUGGAGGCUCACGGUGAGCACCGAGUGUUCCCCUGUGAGUACUGCGACAGGGCGUACGUUAGUCGGAAAUCGUUGAGGGAACACAAUCGGAGGUACCAUCUGAAGAUAUUCAAGCAUCAGUGCGAUUUGUGCGAGAAGCGUUUUUAUUUGCCGUCCCGUCUCAAAGAGCACAUGGCGACACACACGGGCGAGAGGAACUUCAGGUGCGAGUACUGCGGGAAGAGUUACCCCAGGUUGAGAGGUCUGAAGGUACACAUGCAGUCCCAUAGUACGGAGAAGAAGUUUCGAUGUUCGAUAUGCAACGCGACCUUCACGCAGAACGUCAAUCUGAAGAACCACGUCAAAAGGCAGCAUCAGGACGUGGACAUAGAGAACGGUUACCACGAGUAAUGGAUGCCGGGUAUAAGGGAACUAAGAAAAUCAAGGGAUGUGGAUCUCUAUAUCCGGAUGCUGCGAAUACCAUGGACAGCACGCCGGACCAACCUAUUCAUCCUGAAGGAGCCCGGUGUUGCCACAAGGCUAUCCGCUAUCUGCUUCCAACGUAUUCUCACGUACUUUCGGCCACAUCGCUCGUAGAGACCCCGAUAACUUAGACAAGCUGAUGGUACUUGGUCAGGUUGACGGGAGAAGAUCACGCGGACGCUCACCUACCCGCUGGUCUGAUCUGGUUAAGGCGCUCACCGGCCCGCCAAUAACCGAGGCUAUAAAGACCGCCGAGGACAGGAAGACGUGGGCAAGCAUUGUGUAUCGAGUGGUCCACAUUUCAGAUUAGACACGACCUUCAGAAAUGAAGAGACCGACUCAGAAGAAGGAUCUCUAUAGCUAUCGCCUAAAAUGUCGAUGAAUCUUUGGAUUGAGGGCUCAGCGUAUCAUAUUGCUACUCAAAGUUAACCGAAGUUCCGAUUAUAAUCAAACUAAACCAAAUUACUUUGAGACACAAUAACAGGUCUAGUUUGAGUGGUCCUUUCGGCUAGUUUCUGUGAAUCUGGUAUAUGGAUCGUGACGGUGUGGGUGGAACGCGUUGAUCCCUCUUUGGUAGUGCGUGAGGUUGUUCAGUGAGAUCGUCCCUGAAAUGUCCCAACAUAUGAGACCCUGAUGCUUGAGACGAUGAGGUGAUUGACUAUUAAAAAUGUUCGUUGUUGACUUCAAAUAAUAAUGAGAUGUCAUCCAUGCGAACGUUUUCUCUUUAAGCAUGUGUCAGCCGUUGUGGAUAGUGUUCAAUGUCCUCACAUACCUAAACGGCUUCCUAGAGAAUAGUUUAAAAACUGUGUGAGGUGUUUAAAACUACCUGUAUGUACAUAUAUAAAAUGUAAUAAAUUAUGAUCUCUGAAAAAGUAAA